AUGACUCGAUUGUUUGUUGACUUCUUCCUCUGUCGUGCUGAUAACAAGUAUCGACGCAGGAGGCCAAAACGGAUUUGCGGUUGGGUACUGCUGAUGGUUCUCGGUCUUGGAGUACUCUUGUACUUAUAUACGCACCAAAUAUACCAGGCCGAACUUGAACCAGCUCCAACAGUUUUCUCAGAAACCGAUGAUUACUUUGCCGCGAUCGAUUCUCCUACGCACCCAUUUUGUCGUCUAUUCCGCCUGCGGUUUCCAAUUGUGGCCAAUUCCUUCGAUGACAUGGACAUAGCUUUUACGUUGGUGGUUCAAAAAGACGUUCGUCAGAUCGCUCGACUCCUCAGAAUGAUUCAUCGAACUAAUAACUACUACUGCAUUCACGUCGACAAACACGCCAACACGUCGUUCGAAACGGCUCUACGUGGAGUAGCAAAAUGUUUUGGCACAAAUGUGGAUUUGAUUAUGCCGGGCGAACCAAUUGUCGUGAAUUGGGAUGACGAAUUGAUUCUCCUUCAGCAGGUCGUGUGCGCAAAACAGGCACUCAAUCAACACCCCACGUGGAAGUACUUGAUCAAUUUGGCGGGUCAGGAUUUCCCCUUGCGAACCAACCUCGAGCUCGUUGCCGCUCUCAAGGCCUUAAAUGGGUCCAAUCUCGUUGAGUCACUUCCACUUGAUAAGUACAAGGCGUGGGUGAAAAACACAACGUUACCUCUGAAUGCAUCGUGGUUCAAAGGCUCUAUCUAUGGUGCCUACCGAAGGGAAUUUCUGCAGGAAGCAGUCCUGGGAACAGCUGUUGGUCCCAUUCGUAACGUCAUAAUCCAACCAGGAAACAUCAUGCACCCCGAGAGAUUUUACUUUCCAACUCUCGCUUACAACAGCCAUCUUCGACUGCCUGGAGCCUGUUUGAAUGGCCCGUCACCCGCUUCUGAAGUGGGCUACAACUUCUUGGGCAAAUUCGUAAUUUGGGAUGGCUAUAAUAUUACCUGUCCUACCAAGGUUGACAGAGGUGUCUGCGUGCUUGGAAUGGAUCAUGUGACGGUAUUGCAGAGUGUGCCACACAUUUCCGCCAACAAGUUCCACGCUGACUUUCAACCAGAGGCAUAUGAUGCCAUGGAGCAAUGGUACUUCCGUCGAGUCACAGCUGAAAUCUCAUCAGGCACCUAUGACAGCAAUUCCUUCGAUCCCAACAUUUAUGCCAAUCUCUCAUGCUCCCGUCAUCAUUUGUAG